GUUAAAUGCUUAAAGUACACAAAAUGUCAGAGAUCUGCACUGUCAUGAACAAAAAUUUAAACCUAAUUUUUCGUGAUUUGUUGGAUUAACCCUCUGAGGUCUGAAUCCCAGGCUGUGCACAUCAACAUCACAGAUUUGUACAAAUAAAGUUUAUAACAAAGACAUGUUAAAUAUUAAGCACUGAAAACAGCUUGGUUGUUGUUGUUUGGAACGUCAUUUAAUGCAUGUUGUUUGGUUGCCAUAGUGAUGCCUUGAUGCUAAAAUGACAUCACAGCAUUUAAACAUGUUUUGGAUGAAAACAUCAGCAUAUGAAAACAGAACUGAAGAGACACUGCAACCAAAGCAGACGACUAGUGAAAUUUCUACGUUUCCCUGAGGAUUAACUGCUCUGCAAUUUACCAAGAACUAAAUCAAAAUGAAUGGAAGAGGAGAUGAAUCACAAAAUAACCGUAAUGGCCGACAGGUUAACCCAGAAAAUCUUCCAAGUGGAGAUCAGGAACCAGCUUAUGAACCAGCUUAUGAAGCAGCUUAUGAACCUGUUGGUGGAUUCUGGGGUUUACUGAACAGUCUUCAUCGUGCUCUCUAUAAUAUCUAUUUUUCGAGGCUGAAUGAGCUGUUAGAUGAAUUAGAGGAACGAUAUGAUGUCUUUGACAUUGACAAUCUCAAUGACGGCAAUGUUAACAAUGUAAACAUUAACAAUAUUAAUGUGAGAGACAAUAAUGCCAAUGUUGACAACAAUGAACUGCAUGAUGAUCAUAAUGCUGUUGUUGUCGACAUUGAAAAUGAUGAUUCUGAUGAGGCAUUUGAAGACUGUGAGGAUGUUCACCAGUACAUCCCAGAAGAGGAUCCUCAGCCAGGUCUAUCCAGGAGGAGGCCUAGAGAGAUGGAUGAAGAAGAUGUGGAACCAAACAAAAGAUUCAGAUGGAGCGAGGAGUUUUCUGAUGAUGACUCUGACUUCAUCUCUGCCUGCGACACUGAUAGCGAGAGCAGUAGUGAUGAACUUUUUGAAGACGCACUUGAAGAGUUUGACAACCAUGAAACUGGAGGCUCGAGGAAGCGGUCCCGAGAGGAUUUUGAGGAAGAAGAGGAAAACUCGCGUGUUUGCAAACUUCGGAGAUGUUCAGAUGAGUCCACCAGCACCAGUGAUGACAACUAA